AUGGAGGAGAUUACUGAGGGUGUGAACAACAUCAUCAUCGCAGAUUCACACAAGAAGAACCGAAUUCAGGUCUCGAAUACCAAAAAGCCCCUCUUCUUCUAUGUUAAUCUUGCCAAGAGGUAUAUGCAACAGUACAAUGAAGUGGAGCUCUCUGCUUUAGGAAUGGCUAUUGCCACUGUUGUUACAAUUGCAGAAAUUCUGAAAAACAAUGGGCUGGCCGUUGAGAAAAAAAUCAUGACAUCAACUGUUGACAUAAAGGAUGAUUCUAGAGGGAGACCAGUCCAGAAAGCCAAGAUUGAGAUCAUACUUGGGAAGUCGGAAAACUUUGAUGAUUUGAUGGCCGCUGCAGCUGAGGAGAGGGAAAUUGCAGGUGCUGAGGAGCCAAGCUGA